AUCCUCCAGAUUCCAGAACGGUUUGCGUGGUGUGUGCGUCUGCUGAUUACGACUCGGCGAAUUCGUAAGCCGUAGCGAAUCGAAUCGUCGCGGUCGCGGCCAUCCUCUCCAACCCAUCGCCGAAUUCACCAUCGCGAGGCGCAAACGCAGCUCGUCCCCCCUAUGGCCUUCUCCUCUUUCUCGUGGCCGUUCCGCCGCCGAGGCGGCGGAGGCGGAGGCGGCCCGAGCAAAACCUCCGCCUCCUCCGCCGCCGCCGCCGCCGCCGCCGCGGCCGGGAACGAGGAGGAGGAGCUGGGCGUGACGCCGCAGCUGCUCGACUUCCUCCGGACGCUCUCCCCGGACUCCUUCAAGUCCUCCGCGCUCCAGCUCCAAGGGGUGGAAGCUGGCGACCUCACCGGCUGGCAGGAGCGGCACGCCGUGCUCGUGCUCUCCAAAGCCAAGGAAUUGGCCAAGAUCCGGUACGAUCUGUGCCCGCGCCACAUGAAGGAUAAGCAGUUCUGGAGGAUAUACUUUCUGCUCGCUAAGAGUUACACUUCUCCGUAUGAGCUACGAGCCAUACAAAAGGAGAAGGUAAGAAGGAUGGAGACAGAAAAUGGGAAGGCAAAAGAUGUGACUACUGUUGAGGUCGAGAUGCAAGAAUCAAAAUGCAGUAGGGAUUCUCAAACGUUACCAGGUGAUGAAGAAUCUCAAGAUUCAUAGUUAGUGUUGUGAACUGAAAUUUAGGACAUGAUGGUAGUAUAAAAUCCAUUUUGUGUGUGAGGAGCUAUCUAUUCUUUCUUUGGGUCUCAUGCUUCCAGUUGAAUGUCGGCUUGAAAACUGUAUUAGAAGUAACACCUAUGCAUGGCCUGAAUGUGCAUGCAGCUUCUUGCUGAAUGGCAUAACGUGCACCAUUGUAAAUUUAUAGUGCCUGAAUGUGCAGUAAACAAAUACUGAAGAUUGGAAUCAAGUACGGUUCUUUUUUUGCAGUA